CGCCGGGAGCAGGUCGGGCCCGCGGGCUCCUCGGCCCCGCGCGGCCGCGCUGCGGGACCCGCCCCUCCCGCUGCCCCCGCAGGAGGCCCAGGAUGGCGGAGAGGCCCGAGGACCUGAACCUGCCCAACGCCGUCAUCACCCGCAUCAUCAAGGAGGCGCUUCCUGAUGGGGUGAAUAUUUCCAAAGAGGCUCGGAGCGCGAUAUCACGCGCAGCAAGUGUCUUUGUGCUUUAUGCAACAUCAUGUGCAAAUAACUUUGCCAUGAAGGGGAAGAGGAAAACACUGAAUGCUGGUGAUGUUCUCUCUGCCAUGGAGGAAAUGGAGUUCCAGAGAUUUGUAGCCCCUCUGAAAGAAUCCCUGGAAGUUUACAGGCGUGAGCAGAAAGGGAAGAAAGAAGCAAGGAAAGAUAAAGACAAGAAGGCAGACUCAGAGGAGCAAGAUAAGAGCCGAGAGGAAGAGAAUGAUGACGAUGAUGAAAGGAUGGAGGAAGAAGAGCAAAAUGAUGAGGAGGAGGUGGACAACUGAGCUGGCUGACAAGAUGUGUGCAUGGGUUGGGCUUUGUUCAGAGGGAUGUGAACGCUGUAAAUCAACCUUGCUGUUCCCCUCUUGUUUCCAGUAGAGCUUUGUACUGAUCCUCUGCAGCCCGUCCCUUUUUGGCUUUAACUUGUACAUAAAGGACUUCUGCUAAAGCUUUUUUCCUGGAAGAACCACUCCUCCCUGUGCCCAUGCUUGCCUGGCUCUUAAAGAGAGGAAAAAAGAGAUGUUGGAUGCUCAGUAGAGAAGCUGGCCAGGAGAACUUGAGAGGCUGUUGAAUGAGCUCCUUAAACCAAGUCACAGGUUGAACCAAAGAGAUCAUUAACCCUUUGGAGUUUUGAAUCUAUGUCAGGAAGUUAAACAUUUGAGCUUUUCAUACAACUGUUCUGGAUUUUUCCUUCAUUUUCUUGCAUUCUGGUUGUGCCUUCUCUUCCUGCUGUGAUGGUAACAGUCAUACUGUCUUUCCACCUCACCAGUCAUAAGCUGCAACACAACUGCACAAGGACCUGGGGUCCACUCUGCUGAUUUUCUCCCCCAAAUCAACCUAAAUAACAAAAUCAGCACUAAAUGCCAGAAGUGCUUGGUUUGUGUCAUUAAAGCCCUGGGAGACCCAGAGGAAUUGCAUGAAAAACCUGAAGCAAAAUCAAUGGCUAAAACAUGUAUCAGGACAGCAAAGGUCAGCGGUGCCUUGGCAGGCUUGGUGACUGCAGUGAGUUUAAAUCAUUUUGGUUGGAGAACACCUUUAGGAUCACCAAGUCCGAUGUAGUAGAACACAGUGGUGGAUCUUGGUGAGUUGAGUUUUUAUCCAGCUGUACUGGACUAAUGACAUGAGUCCCUCUGUAGCCCUCGACAGGUUCCAGAGGUGCAGUUGCCUCCCAGUGCUGGGAGCUCCAGGAGGGCAGUGAGGACAGGACACCCCUGUCUAGGCAGGCCAGCCUCAAGCCUGUGGGGUUUAAAAUGGCUCCUUCAAGAAAGAUGGGCUGAAACAAGCUGUUUGCAUUCCUAGUACUCAUAAAGUUUUGUUCUUUUACACUUCAGUUCCUAGUUUUGAUGCCUUUCUCUUGAGAAAUUAUCUAUCAGAUGAAGUUCCUUUUUGGGGAAAAAAACCCCAACUAUUAUUUGACUGGUCUUUUGAAGACUUAGAAACCUAAUAUUUGAAUUCAACUGAGACCUGGUGAAGGAAACUUGAGGAAGGGUUUAGGAAUGUUUAAGUAAAACCCACAGGUUCUGCUGAUGUGCAGUUUUAAAAAAGCACUUGUGAGGACUAGGGUGUCCUUCCCACCAAAAAAUUGAUGCAGAGCUACCCACAUGAGCUACCCUGCCCUUGGGCUUUUAUGGCACGAUGGAUUUUCACAGACAGAAGCCCAACUCCUGAAAAGAACUGAAUCAACAGAGAUUUUCUGCUGUCUAGUUUCUACUGGCAUGCAGUCAGGAACAUAUCAACAGCCAACAUCUUCCCAAGAGCUCCAGUAAAAACAGGCCUGCCUUCUUGCUCCUUUUCCUCUUUUUUUUUUCUCCCCUUUGUCCUCUUCUCAUACAUCCCUGGGGUGCAUAUGGAACAGUAUCUAAAUAAAAGCCAGAUUUUUUUACAAA